AUGGCCAGUGGGGCCGCACUGCCGGAGGACGACUGCCUGUACGUGGUGCUGGCCGGCAUCAUAUCCGUGGCCUACUCCCCGGUGCUGGGGGAGACGCAGGAGUACUUCCUGGGGAUAGGGGGCGUCUACAACCUCUACACAGCACUCACGGGCGAGCUGCUGCCGGGCCAUUGUGACGUGUGGGCGCGGGGCAACGCCCUGGGCAAGGGCCCCGUGCUGUUCUGCCUCACGGCAAGCGGCAUCAAGAACAUCAAGCGCCUGGCGGCAGAGGGUGACGAGCGCUUUGCCCAGGUGGAGCUGGACAUGUACCGCCUGGCAGGCCUGCUGAUGGUUGAGCGCAUGCGCCAGCAGUUUGAGAUCGAGGCCAUCCAGGCCCUCACUCGCGCGGCACCAGACUUUGCAGCAGCCGACGCAGCGGGCCAAGCACCCCUGCCGCAGGCGACCCCUGUCCUGCAGCGCAGCACCACCACCACCGCGGUCGGGCGCCGCGCGGCGUGGGCGCGCCAGCAGGCCCCGCGCGUGUUCCAAGCGGUGACCCAGCAGCUGGGCCGCGCGGAGCUGCUGCAGCUGGGGCCGGACGAAGCGGUGACGCAGCACACCAGCGUGCUGCUCCUGGCAGGGUCGCUGCAGUGCGCCCCCACCUUCCCGGAGGGCUGCUCCGACUCAGGGCGCGACGCGGUGCGGUGGCUGUGCAGUGCGGGCAAGCACCGCGGCCAGGGGCUCCUGCCGGCGAUGUGGGAGGUCCUGGGGCGAGAGGACGUCGAGGCCGCCCCGGCGCACGUCCCGAGGCGGCAGCCGCGCGUGACCCUCACCGCCGGCCCCACCGGCGCCACGCUCCUCGUCUGCCCUGGACCCUACGGCACCGUGCCGCCCCCUGAAAGCGCGCAAGACCCCGCGGGCCCCGCCCCGCCGCCCACCAGUGUGCCCGUCAGCGAGGCGGGCGCGGCGGCCCUGCUGCCUGUCCUCCACCGUGCCGGCAGCAGCCGCAACCUGGGUGCGGGGCUGCUCGGGGGCGGCCUGCCGCGCGGCCCUUCAGCCCUGGACCUGGUGAUGAUGCCACCACUGGCCGGAGUCAGCGGCCCCGCACCCAUAGCUGCGGCCACGCCGCAGCAGCCUGUUGCGCCCGCACUUCAGCCCCCAUCGCCGGCCCCGGCCCCGGAGCUGGAGCUGCAGCCAUCGGGGCAAGCCGGGGCGGCGCUGCUGGCGGGCGGGGUGGGCCGCAUCAGCGAGGAGGAGGUGCGCUCGGGCGGCGGUGUCACAGCGGCCACUGGCGGCAUAGGCAGCGGCGGUGGCGGCGGCUCGCGCGGCGCCGCAGCGGCGGGCCCGUCUCGUCGCAGCUUUUUGCCCCUCGAGGCUCGCGGCGCCUUGUGCCGCGAGAAGAAACUGCCCUUCAGCAGUGGUGGUGCAGGGCCGCAGUGA